AUACUGUAUUUAAUUGGUGAUAUACCGCAGGAGUUGAUAUAUUUAUUUUCUGUUUAUAAAAUACCAGUAUGUAUAUUCUGCGCUCUCGACUGUAGCGUUUUUAUUCGUUUAUGUUAGAACAAUACUAAAGCUCGUCCCAGGAUCAGGGCCGUUUUUUUUUUAAAACGUAUGGCUGCGGCUUUGGUGGACCUUGGCAUAGCAGAGUUUAUACCACAAGGGUGGUUAAAUCUAGCGUGGGACAUAUUUUGGUAAUCAUGAGUGUGUCUUGUUUACAUUCCAAUACAGUGGCGUGCUGCUGAAAUUCAAGACUCAGCUGCGUGUUUUAUAACAACAUUAAAAUGUCUGAAAUAAUUUCUAUUGUUGUUUUUAUUAGGACUCCGAUUUCCUUGAGAACGACUUUAUUCAAGAAAUGCCAGUUACCGAUCUGACUCACGUAUCUGAGCUGCCUGUAGCCUUGGGUUGCCAUCUUCACAUUUUUUUAAAACCCAGAGGGUAGGGUUCUCUCCCCCGUGUGUGAUUAUGUCACCUACCAGCCCCGCUACUGCCUUCCCCCGUGCACGCUACACUACAUUAAAAACAAAACAAACAAAAAAAACCUGUUGAUUUAAAAACAACGGUGUCCGUGACACGAGAAUGCAACUUUGAAGUGAUCUGUCUAUAUAUUUACGUUGUCUGAUGGUAUGUACAUGUAUAUACUAUACAUCUGUAGCCUAUAUGCUUCAUCAAAAGUAGGGGAUAUUUGACUUCAAAACAUAAUUUCAGAAUGACACAUUAAAUGAGAUGCAAUACAUCCCAGCUCUAUGUAUGUUUUGUUCAUUCAUUCAAUCAAUCAAUCAAUUUUUAUUUUAUAUAGCACCUUUCCUAGUGGACCACCAUCACAAAGCGCUUUACAAGGUGCAGUAACAGCAAGAAAAUCAGUAAUACUUUAAAUACAGAGAAAUGCAUAAUAUACAGUUAAAAAAGGGCAUAAUACAUGAUAGUAGCAUAAUACAAGAAACAGUAGCAGCAACACAGCAGCUAAUAGCAGAUAUCAGGCUUAAAGAGGAUGGAAAGCAAGAGAGAACGGGUGGGUCUUGAGAGUUGAUUUAAAGUGAGCGACGGAGGGAGCAUCACACACAAAAGCUGGGAGAGAGUUCCAAAGAGUCGGAGCCUUGAAGCUAAACGAGCGUUCUCCAAGUGUGGUGCACUUUUGCUUGGGGAUAACAAGCAGGCCAGAGUUGGAGGACCUCAGCUUGCUGCCAGGGACAUAGCGGGUCAGCAAGUUGAGGAGGUACUCAGGACCUGUGUGGUGAAGGGCAUUGUAGAGCGCAUACAGCCACAGUUUCCCAAUGAAUAUCGCAAACCUCUUCAGCUGGUAUAAUUCGGAGAGUGUCAGCACACAGGGAGUAGUGCCCUCUGCUGGUUCUACAGCAUCUGUUUCUCCUAUUAAAUCAUCAGAUCUGGAAUUUUUUUACAAGGUCAUUGCGGACGAGGUAACUCAAGAGGCUGCACAAGUAUUUGAAAGUGCAAACAUUGAUGAAGCACAGUUUCUUACUUUAACAAGAGAAGAUGUGAACGAACUGAUGCCAGGGCUGCCUAAUUUUCAAACGAGAAAAAAAAUAAUGAAUCUCAUCAUGGAAAAGAAUGUGAAGAGUUCAGGAAGCAAUAUUUGUGUACAUCCUGGAAAAGUACAACUGCUCCAUGGAAAUAAAGAUUUGAGGAAAGAUCCACUUGCUUCUGGGAGUGCUGUGAAAAACAUUUAUCAGAAUCUCACAGACAUGGAAGUAGAUUUUCAGAAAUGUUUAGGCGCACUUCAGCAGCAGAUUCAAGUUGUUGCUGAGUUGUAUCAUCAAACGAAGAGGGAAGAGAAUCAUGAUUUAAAACAAGAUAAAUGCAUUCAAACAGAUUUCCCUACCAAUAUCCCAGAUGAACACAAGAACUAUGAAGGGUUUCCUGCGCAGCCUAAUCACCCUCCCAUGCAAGUUCUUAAAAUCGAAACCCUCGUUACUGGGAAGACCUUUGGGGCAGAGAUUACAUUCCUGGACAAACUUUCUCAGAAUCUCAGGAGCAUGGGAAUUGCCAUUCAGAAGCAAGCCUGUGAUUAUAAUUCCGAUAAGGUGCUUUUACUCUUUUGCCCUAUUAUCUCUCGGAUUGGCACUGAUAUUGAUGCAGUUAUCCAGAACAUUUCAUCUUAUAAAAAGGUAAUCCUGGUGGUCAUGCACCACACUCGCAAAAAUGUAUCAUCUGAGAGCAGCAGACUGGUCAACAAGAGCAACGUGCUUGAAACAGUGGACUGCCUCUACUAUGAAACUGAUGGAUUAUAUAAUUGUGAUGCAAAUGCACAGGCCAUAACAUCUGUUGUCUCAGCUUUACUCAGGUACCAGAAGACUAUGUAGAACCUACAUACCAAUCAUCUGAAUUGCAGCACAUCUGUAAUGAAAUCAUGGUCCAGUGCUGAUUACUAUUUUCACUGAGGAAGAUAUAAUGCAGUUUGGUGACAGUUUGUCAAUAACAGCAACAGCUGAAACCAAUACCUAAUGUCGAGUUGCUGGAGAGGGCAGAAAUGCAAUGGAAUACAAAAUCAAAUAAAGAUUAACUGUGUAAUAAAAACUGGGUGCCCCUAUCCUUCUUUUAAGAAUGCGGUCACCAGUAGGCCAUAUUAUUCUGUAUUUAGGCAAAAUGCUUUUUAUAUACUAACCUGGAUAUGACAAGUGUUCAUGCAACUUUUUUGACCGUGGUUCUGUGGGUAAACAGCACACAGUCCGUUACCUUUGAGCUGAGAGUGUGAGAUUCCCCCAAUGUGUUAACAAAUUGGUAAAUGUAUUGCAUAUAUGAAGGAUGUCCUGAAAACAUUAAGUUUAGGUUGUGCCACGCAUAAGUGUAAAUAAAUAAGGAGACAGAGA